GAAGUUCUUCUGAAAAAUAGACGCAUAAAAAAAAGCCUGAUGUAGGCUCCAGCGCGAGCCGUUGCCUCAAAUCGUGGGACGGCCUGCGUGCUCGCGAGGACAAAAAUCGGGCCGGGAAUGCCAUAGUGUGGGUUCUGCCUGCUCUCCAUAGUGGGAUGCGAGGGUUGUUUUUGAUAGUGGGUGGCUUGGUCUCGAAGAAGCGCAUUGCUGCUGGCUCCGCUGGACGUUAGUACUCGUACCCUACCUGUUACCGUUCCCCUCCGGAGGCUUUCGACGAAUCUUGUAGCACCACUUCGCACUCCAACUCCGCCUCCCACAAUGGCAUCGCUCCACAGCCCGCCGCACACGCACUAUCGUUCCCCGUCUCCCAAGGGUAGCGCCUAUCGGUCCACCCCCGACUCGCGUUCCUCCGUCCUGAGCCGCGCCAGAGAAUACACCAAGCGGGUCGAAGACGACGCCCGCAGGCGCUCCCUCUCUCUGGACCGAACGAGGGCCCAGCCCUACGCAUCCCCGCACUCGAAUUCGCAUUCCAAUUCGCACUCGCAGUCCCGUUCCCCGGGCAGGACCUAUCCGUACGGCCACAAGCGACAGCCCUCGCCGGGACCGACCUAUUCCAGCAGCAGCCCCCGCGGGAGAGAGGCGAACACCCGCCAGGGCACGAACAGCAGCAGCGGAGGCAGCCCGGGCUAUUAUUCCGGCCACCACCACGGCAGCAGCAACAACAACAGCAACAACUACAACCAAAGCGCUUCCACGCCGAGCAGCGCCGCGCGUUCGUACCGGAGCAACUCGGUGGGUCGGAUUUCAACCGGAUCGGGAAAAAGCGGACCGUCGUAUCGCCAGAGCCUCUCCAUAAGAGAACGGGCCAUGGCCAGCGUCGAAAAGGAAUCCAACAGCAACCUCAACACGUCGUAUCGCAGCACCGGCAGCAACAGCAUCAGCCCGACCAAGAUGCAGCAGCAACAGCCGCAGUCGAAGUCGCAGCAACAACAAUACUCGUCGCCGUCCCCGCAGCAGAGCGAGGGAAACCGCAGCCGGCGAAAGAGUCCCGCCCACUCGGUCCGGUCUCGUGCCCGGUCGCUCUCGAGGGGCCGCCGAUCCAGCACGGGCGAGGACAAGCCGGCACCGGCGGUCCAGCCGCCGCCACAGGAAGAGGGCCAGGCCGCCCAGGGCGAGGCCGUGGUCAGCCCGGAGCUCCUGGUGGACGCCCUGUCGGGCCACGAGGACGGGUUGCUGGCGAUUGCCGAGCGACUCAUKGAACACUAUGACUCUGGAUACGAUGCUAUGGGCGAAGCCAUCAUCGAUGCCUUUGCGGACGUCCAGAAACUCUUCCAGCACGUCGUCGAGGCGGCGCACAUGGAAGGAGCGGCCUUUGAGAGCUCGCGGCGCGAGGAAGAGAUACGGGAGCUCAAGCGCCGGGUGGCCAGUGGAGACGUCGACCACGGAAUGGCCGACGACAACGACGGUGCCAACGACCUGGCCUCGCCCUCGUCGAGCGGACCGGUAAGGCACGACGAGUUCAUCGACCAGGACGUCAAGGACUGCCUCAACGAGGCCAUCCGAAACGGGGUAACCUUCAAGGAAGAACAGAAGCACGCCCAGUGUUUCGAGCUCUACGAGCGGGCCUGCCAGGCCGCCUCGGCCCUGCUUCCCGUCGAUUCGGACCACCGCGGGCGCCUCCAGCUCUCCAUUGCGCGGGCCGAGUCCAUGACCCCCGACCGCGGCUGCGCGAUCCUGCGGUACGCCAUGGACGACGUCCUCCGAUCCGGCCUGCGGGCCGGGAAGAUUCCGAAGAACUACCCGCUCUCGGACCCCUCCAAGCGCGCCGACGUGGUGCUCUCGAAGCCCUCGAUGGGGAACACGCAGCAGUCCUCGGAGGAGCAGCUCAACUCGCUGGUGGAGGAGAUGAAGGACGUGAUCAACGCCCCCGUCUACGAGAACACGCCCCUCCAGGACGUGGCCAGGCGCUUCUGGGAGGCCCUCCAGGAAAACCAGAAGAUCCGGUCCAAGAACGAGGACCGGCUGGAACACAACCUCGGCAAGCUCAAGGGAGACUACCUGCUGGCGCGAGCGGUGCGUGUUGUUGUUUUGUUAUGGUUUUGGUUUGGUUUGGUUUGGUUUGGUUUGUUUGAGAGUUGUGGUUGCUGCUGCUGCUGUUGUUGUUGUUGUUGUGGAUUUGCCUUUGGUAUCCACUUUUUACUCACACCCAAUUCGAACCGUUGUCUUCUUCAGGAGUGGGAGGAAAAACUCACGGAGGCAAAAGAACAAGCAGAAACUUUCAAACGAAAAUACAACAACGUCAAGGAAGGCAAGGAUUUGUCACUCAUGGAGGACGCGCGAAGCAUGAUGUCUCAGAAAUUCAGCCAGAGCGUCGACACGAACGAGGGCGAGUCGUCGACGCUGAGGUCGUCGUCCUUUCGAUCCACCACCAGCCGACCGGAAUUCAAGCGCGCCACGGAAUCCGUCGCGUCCAUGGGAAGCAACCUAGCGGCGCACGCCAAGACCCUGGUGGGGUCCUUUGCCUGCGCCGGGAACAACGAGCGCACCGGGCAAGUCCUGUCCUCGGAGCGCGCCACGGAGGAGUGGAGGGACCGGAGAAACGCCAAUGGUGUCGACCACAGCCGACACCCGUCUGCCCCGUACCAGCAGGGGGGUCACCCGGGACUGGAGAUGAGCCACAGCACCAGCUCGCGGUCCUACCGGGACACCCGCCGUGUGGACGUCUAGCCGACGGAACCGGAACCAAUCGAGUGGCGGGGCUUAGGAUGUUGUAUGCACGGGAUCAUAUCGAACGUUAUCUAAUACAAUAAAACUAGACUC